AUGAUAUGUUUUGUGGGACCAGACUUUAUUUGCGUCUUCGCUGGGGGCCAGCUUGCUUCUGCGAGGAGCGUCGUCAAGCAGUUUAAAGAGGACGAAGGUGUCCAGCAGAUUCUAAACGGCCGAAAAUGGACGCUCAGACAUGCCUUCUUUGUGGACAUGGGCGGCUUCAUUCUGACCAGCCCCGACUAUGACCAAGGCUUUCCUGUCAACGCCGAACAGCUCUUCUACCUCGUUAAGCACGGUUACAUUGACCUACCAUACCUAAGCGAAAAGGAAAUUAAAGAAAAGAGCAAGGCGGAUACAUUGUCCAAAUUGAUCACCAUCUGGCACGUCGCGUGGUUUACAAUUACGAAAUCGUGA